AUGGCCACCACUCCCACCCUGCGUUCUUCUUCCCUUCCCUCUCUGCCUCCUCCCUCCCCCAAAUCCCCGCCGGAGUACCCAGAUUUGUAUGGCAAGCGCCGUGAAACUGCCAGGGUUCACAUGCUCGAGAGGGAAAUCACUUUUCUCGAGGAAGAAUUGAAAUCUGUUGAGGGUCUUCAACCAGCUUCAAGAUGCUGCAAAGAGGUUGCUGAUUAUGUGAUGGCAAAUGCAGAUCCUCUGUUGCCUACAACCAAGAAGAACAGCCGAUCAUGCCGAUUCUGGAAGUGGCUCUGUGGCAUGCCCUUUGCAGUUGCAGUUGUCUUCCUUCCAUCAAAUGCUGCUCCUUACCAAAGUGGAGCUGUUGUUGCUCUUGCCCCAAAUCAUUUUGCUGUAAAGAGAGCUGUGGUUUUGGAAAUUGUUGUACUCUUCCAAGUAGUUGCAAUUUUGGGUGUCCAACUUGUCCAUCUUGCCCCUCUUGCUGCAGUUGCAAAUGCACCUGCACUUGCUCUUGCCCAAGCUGUCCAAAGGUAA